AUGCUCUCUGAAAUUUCGCUCUCCGACAAGCCGCCGGCGCAACCCUUCUCGCAGACAGGGCGUCCGCCGGACACUGGUCAACAGCAGCCAAGCAGCACUCCGUCCCCCCUUGCCAACCCUGCCGCGUUUCCUAUCCUCAACUACAGAGCAGCGCUGGCCGGUCAUUCCCAAGAGACAAAAACUAGGGCGAAUCAGUGGACCUUCGUAGGUGAACAGGAUCUGGUAACGGGAUCGUUCGACGGGGAACCAGAACUGAAGAUCUCCGAAGCCUUCAAGGAAAGGUUAUGCGUGCCAUGGAAGAAGACCCUUGUAGUUAGGCUGCUGGGCAGAUCGGUGUCCUACACAUAUCUAUGUGCCCAGCUCCGAUGGAAAUGGCGGCCUACGGGAUCUCUGGACCUAUUGGACCUCAACAAUGAUACAUUUCUGGCGACCUUUAGUAAUGAUCAGGACUACCUCAAUGCUCUGACGGGCGGCCCCUGGGAAAUCUUGGAUCACUAUUUGGUUGUCCAUCAGUGGUCCCCAACGUUCAGAACCUCCGAUAAACCUCAUAGGUCGGUUGUUGCGUGGAUUCAGCUGCCUGAGUUACCGGCGCACUUCUAUCAUAGGGAGGUCCUAUUCGCCUUGGGUAAUCUCCUGGGAAGGACGGUCAAGCUUGAUUAUCAUACGGAGAACCUUCUGCGGGGGAAGUUUGCAAGAAUUGCAGUCGAACUUGAUAUGACAAAACCCCUGGCGACUAGAAUCCGCUUGGAUGGGCAGUGGCAACCAGUGGUCUAUGAAAAUCUUCCUCACAUAUGCUACGACUGUGGUCGAAUCGGGCACACCGAAGAGGCGUCUCCCAAGAAGUCAAUGGCAAUGGUCCCGGUUUCUACAGGUGAAACUCAAGCUCACAUGAUUAUUCCGCCGGCGGUUCCAACGCCGGAGACCCACGCCGGUUACGGGCCUUGGAUGCAGGGCGGCGUCCGCAUAGCAAAAAUCCUACACACAAAGCGGAGAGCAAGCCCCGCCCCAACGGUCAGGAAAGAAAAGGAAAAUCGGCGAUGGUGCAGGAUCAAAAAAAAAGAAAGCAAAGCCCAGCAGAAAGGGAAAGUGAAGGAAGUGGGGAAAAUCUCAAUCUCAGAAGGCCCGAAAGACUCCACCAGUCUAGAAUGGCAUGCUGUUGGGCCUUUGAAAGAUGCUUCUGGAUCUACGGCCCAAACUACUAACCAGACGGUGGAUAAGAAUGCGCUAAUGGGCCAAAUCACAACCGGCCCAAGGACGGACCCGGAAGUUGAUUCUGGAAGACAACUUCCUUUGAUUCCUGGCCCAACCCGUUUAGAUAAGGUCAACAAUGAGAACAUUGACCCUAAUUCGGGAAUCAUCUCUGUCCGACAGCACUACAGUAAGAAGAACAGAGUUCAUUCCCCUCUGAAAGAGCAUCUCUCCAAGUUAAUCCAACAAAACACGAUGAAGAACUCCCUGGGCAACAAAAACAACAAAAGAUCCUCCACCAAGAAUGGGAAAGCGGCCAAUUUCGGGAUUACUCCUCAAUCCAUCGAAGAGUUUAUCACCCAGACUCGACAGAAGGAGGAGGAAUUCCAGAAGCUCACCAUGGGAACUAGCAGCGACACUCCGAUGCGGGAAGGGAUCGACCAGGGCUCUCUCGAGAUGGAGAACGCGGGGAUGGAACCCCACUCCUCGUCCUCGCUCGCCGGAUGA